AAUUGGAGGUCCCAAAUUGGAGACAAACACAACCUACAUUGGCAUUAACAUCAGCCGGGUUCGUCGUCCCAACUCUCGGGCGCGUGCAUCUAAGAACCUUGGGAAUAUUUGGAUGAGCCAAAGAAACGGAGAAUUGGUGAAUCGGGGAAAUCAGAGAAUCGGAGUCACUCCUAAAUGAGAGAGUGACAUCUGUUCUUGGACACUCGCACACUACCAUUACUUAUUUCUUAGUAAUUCGUCCCUUCGAGUUGCUUCCCUGUUUUUGCAUCAUUGAGAUUCUCCAUCUUACUACGCCGCAACUAUGUUGUCGAAUUUCUUCCUCUCGUUUGCACUACUUACCGCCACGUCGGUUCAAGCAAUAUGGCCAAUUCCUAGUACCAUCAGCACGGGUAACUCUACUCUCUGGAUAGGAGAGCAUCUACCCGUCACUUACAACGGUGCCCCGAUUCCAUGGGUUCGGGAUUACAUACCGUUUGGUGGCCCCAAAAUCUCCGCAAAGGAGAUCGUCAAGGGAGGAGUAUCACGUGCGUUGAAGCAUAUUCUAGACGACAACUUCGUCCCGUGGAAGUUAUAUCCCCGACUACAACUUGAGAAGACCGAGCCAAGUCUCCAUGGCCACAAACAGUACAUAUCACGGCUGGAGAUCGUCCAGACCGUGGCGGAUACUCCAGACACGCUCAGGCCUCUCGCUGGCGAUGUUGAUGAAUCGUAUAACCUAACCGUAAAUGUCCACGGAUAUGCCAAGAUCACGGCUGUCUCCUCCACUGGUGUUCUGCGAGCUCUAGCGAGUUUCUCGCAGUUAUUCUUCCAACAUUCACAGGGCCCAAUUUACUCGAAAUUAGCUCCUGUGACGAUUAGCGACUGUCCUGAGUACGACCACCGAGGCAUCCUCAUGGACGUCUCGAGAAGCUACCUCCCGGUCGAUGCUAUCUAUCGUACUAUUGACGCCAUGGAGUGGAACAAGAUGAACCGACUCCACAUCCACGCGACCGACUCUCAAUCUUGGCCGCUCGAGAUCCCCGCCCUCCCAGAACUCCACGAGAAAGGCGCGUAUGCUCGGGGGAUGACGUACACGCCUAUGAACGUGGCUGCCAUCCAGACGUACGCAAUCCAACGCGGUGUAGAAGUGAUCUUCGAGAUCGAUACCCCGGGCCACUUCGGGGUCGCAGCUCUAUCUCACCCAGACCUCAUUACCGGCUGGGGCGCAUCCCCUUGGACAACUUACUGCGCCGAGCCCCCAUGUGGUCAGCUACAACUUAAUAACCCAGACGUGGACCCAUUUCUCGAUACGCUCAUGGACGACCUUUUGCCACGCGUCGCGCCAUACUCGGCAUACUUCCACACGGGUGGUGACGAGGUCAACUUCAAUGAGUACAGUCUUGACCCCACGGUCGGCACCAACGACUCGGCUGUCGUUGUCCCGCUCCUGCAGAAGUUUAUCGACAAGCACCACGACAGGGUGCGUAGGGCCGGCCUCGUCCCCAUGGUCUGGGAGGAAAUCCCCGCCAGCUACAACGUCACUAUUGGUGAUGAUGUGGUUGUCCAGUCCUGGCUUGGCGAUGCGGCCAUCAAGAGCCUCACCGAACAGGGCCACAAGGUUAUUACUAGCAACUACAACUACUGGUACCUCGACUGUGGCCGCGGACAAUGGCUCAACUUUGCAGAGGGGGAGUCGUUCGAGGAGAACUACCCAUUCAACGACUGGUGUGGGCCGACGAAGAAUUGGCGGUUGAUAUACUCGUACAACCCCCGAGCGGGGCUAACGGAGGCGGAGGCAAAACUAGUGGUGGGCGGUGAGGUGGGGGCGUGGGCCGAGGCCAUCGACGAGGUCAACCUCGACGGUAUCUUGUGGCCGCGUACUAGCGCUGCCGGCGAGGUGCUCUGGUCCGGACGCCUUGACGCGGCGGGCCAGAACCGCACCCAAUUGGACGCUGCGCCGCGCCUCGCCGAAUUCCGCGAGCGCAUGCUCGCUCGGGGUGUCAGUGCCGAACCCAUACAGAUGGUUUUCUGCACCCAGGGCAUGGAUCCGACUACGUGUCUUUUCCAAUAAGGGGUGGGAUACUUUACCAAUCUACUUGGCAAUAUUGGCCAACCAUGGCCUCAAAGCGUCAACUUUAGGUUUGAGGACGAUCUUCUUGUACAUACUCAUAUUUUGCAGCAUUUCCGAAAAGUACACAGAUAAUGGAGACGAAAGGGGGAGAGGUGAGGAAUGGGGAGGACGGAUAAAUGCAUACCUACCUGCAUAUGUAGGUACAUACCUACAUUAUGGACAUGUAUUAGUAAUAUAAUCACAUACGGCCCCCUGAGUUGAUGGUAUCAUGGUAGGAAGUUACUAGGAACGAAGUUAUGUAUCCAUGUCUGAGUCACACAUCAACAUCGAAUGAUUGAACCUUGGAAUCUUGAUUUUGCCUUACAGGUUGUUAGCGAGAUUGCCAUGCAUAUAAGUGUAGGUACGUACUAGACCAAAUGACGCGAAUUACGCGAAUCACGCGAAUCACG